AUGGGGGACGGCUGGGCUGCAGCAACUGCCACCACUCCUCCUCCUGUCAUCCCCCCGCCCCGUGUCUCCCGUGCUGCUACCCCGUCGUUCCCGUGCUCCCGUGCUCCCGUUCUCCCGUUCGUCCCGUGCGUUCCGUGCUCUCGUUCGUCCCGUGCGCUCCGUGCUCUCAUUCGUCCCGUGCUGCCCCGUGCUUCCCGUGCUCCUGUUCGCCCCGUGCUUGCCCCGUGCCCAUGCACGUGCUGUCCGCCCGUGUUCGCCGUGCUUGCCCCGUGCCCAUUCCCGUGUUGCCCCCGUGUUCCCUUUCUGCCCCCGUGUUCCCGUGCUGCCCCCGUGUUCCCGUGUUGCCCCCGUGCUCCCGUGCUGCCCCCCGUGUUCCCGUGCUGCCCGGCUCUCCCCGUGUUACCCCGUUCAGCCCUGUCCCCCGUUCUGCCCGUGCUGCCUGUUCUGCCCGUGUCCUGCCCCGUUCUGCCCGUGUUGCCCCGUUCAGCCCGUGUUGCCCUGUUCUGCCCGUGUUGCCUUGUUCAGCCCGUGUCCUGCCCCGUUCAGCCCGUGUUCUGCCCUGUUCUGCCCGUGUUGCCCCGUUCAGCCCGUGUCUUGCCCCGUUCAGCCCGUGUUCUGCCCUGUUCUGCCCGUGUUGCCCCGUUCAGCCCGUGUGCUGCCCCGUUCUGCCCGAGUUGCCCCGUUCAGCCCGUGUCCUGCCCCGUUCUGCCCGUGUUGCCCUGUUCUGCCCGUGCUGCCCCGUUCUGCCCGUUUGUGCCCUACCCGUGCUGUCCGUACCUGUUGGUGCCCCACCCGUGCUGUCAGUUCUCGCUCGUGCCCCACCCGGUCUGUGCUGCCCGGUCUCGUGCUGCUCGUCACCCCCGUGCGGCCCGUCCCGUCCAGCUCCUAGUUGCUACCCAAACCCGCUACCCGUACCCGUGCUCCUCGCACACCGUGCACCAGCUGCGGGGCGUUCAACCGCAACCGGGCACCUGUUCCACCGCGGUGGUUCAGAUGCUGCUUGGUGGUUGCUGCUUGUCAGCUUCAGAGGGGGCCCCUUGCUGGUGUUCCCACGCCCUGUAA